UCUUAUUUUUAAGGGAUGGCAAAGGAAAAUAUUACCAAAGUCUCCACGCAGUAUAUUCGGAAAUUAAAAGGCAAAAUUGAAGUUGCGAUGUAUAAAAAUCUUCUGCAUACGUGAAAAUGUCUCAUGUGCAAGGUACAAUGUGCAGUCGAUCUAAGGGUUGAAAAAGAGGGUGCUAUUAAUACCCUCUUUAAGAAAUUGAAAGAAUGACUCCCUCAGUUAAGAAACGGCGCUCAUAUCUUCAACUUUGGCGCGAGUUUCUUGAAUUUAAUUCACAAUCAAACAUCCCCGUAUUCGCCAAGGGGCGCCAAAUAAAGAAAAGUGCUAUGAAUGUUUCCACAGUAUAUCCGGAAGGUUAUACUACAAAUCAAAGUGAAGUUACUGUUGCUCAAGGAAAUAUUGAAGACAACGAGAGUGAAGGUGAUGCACGUAAAAAUUCUGCACAUACAAAGGACUUUGUGGGUCUCGAAGAGGUAUCGAAAAUUGAAUUUUUGGUGCCACUUUUUGCCGAAGCAUUGGGAACAUUUUUACUUGUUCUGAUUGGCUGCGCUUCAUGCAUCUCAUGGAGCAUUAUUGGUACAGCGGCCGAUCCAACUGUUUUUCAUAUUGCUUUCACAUUUGGUCUGGCAGUUGCAACUCUUGCCCAGGUUCUGGGACCAAUUUCCGGAUGUCAUAUUAAUCCGGCAGUGACAUUGGGUCUUGUUGUUAGUGGAAAUUGCACCAUACUUCGAGGAUUAUGCUAUGUCGUGUGUCAAUGUUGCGGAGCAAUUGCAGGAGCUGGUGUAUUAAAGAUGGCACUUCCUUCGGAAUUGACGAAUCGAUCAUUGGGAUUGACUCUACUCAAUGCAAAAGUUGAAAGUGGACAGGGAAUUUUGAUUGAGGCGAUUAUUACAUUUUUAUUGGUGCUUGUGGUCCAUGCAGUUACUGAUCCAAAAAGACACGAUUGCCGUGGAUGGGCACCACUUGCAAUUGGAUUAACAAUCACUGUUUGUCAUUUGGCCGUUGUACCAGCAACUGGUAGCAGUAUGAAUCCAGCACGUUCUCUUGGUCCAGCUGUGAUUUUGGGAGACUGGAGAUAUCAAUGGAUUUAUUGGGUUGGACCAAUUCUUGGUGGCAUUUUGGCUGGCGCAAUCUACAGAAUGGGAUUUAAGGCGAGAAGCAAAGACGAAGAUGAAGCUUCCUACGAUUUUUAAGAUAAUACAAUCAUAUUCUUUUUUUUAAUAUUAUUAUUAUUAUUAUUUAAUUUUGAAUCUUGAAGUCGCAUUUUUAUUUUUUCUCUAUUUUUCAAUUCAUCUAAAUGAAAAAAUUUUAUUUGUCCGAAUAAAAAUGGGAAAUUAUUAAAAUUGAAAUUUUGAUUUUAAUAUGACAAGAUGGAAAAAAUAGAGAAAGUAAUAUAAUUGAGACUUUUCACACUCGUAGCUCACAAUUUAGGGAUUUUUCGAAAAAAAGGAGAGAAUUGAAUGUCAAAGAAAGAUAAAUCACUAUUUAUGAAAUAUAAAUUAUUUGAAGCAAUAUUCUUUUUAAAUAAAUUUCAAAAAAUUUAAAUUUAGUAUUAAAUCAAAAACAAAUUUUUUUUAAAAAAGAAUAUCAAUGAAACACGGAGAUUGAAUGUAAAAAAAUUUCGUAUUAUUUCACAAUUUCUUGCUGGCAAGAAAUUAAAUAAUGAGCAAAGAAAAAUAUUUAAUUAAAUUAUUAAUUUUUUUUUAAGUUACAUCACACGUAGAAUCCUUAAUUGUGAUUUACGAGAUUUCAGUAUUUCUUGGAAACAAAAGUUUCUUCUCAGAUGUAAUUAUAAAUACCCUUUUUUUAAAACUAUUUCUAUUUAUAAGUAAAUAAUUUUUAAUUUAAUAUUUUUGAAAGACAAAUUUGAAAUGAAAUUUCAAAGUAAUAUGAAAGUAGUAAUUUUAAAGUAAGUAAUUUGAAAUUUUCAAAUUACUUAUUUCUAUAGUAUUUUUCAGUCUUUUUUUGUAUAUUUUCAUUAUAAAAACUAUGUCUAUUUGAACAAGAAUUUUAUCUACGAUUUUGCCAUAAAUAUAUUUGAAGUUUAAAAUUUUUUUUUUGAAAACAAAUAGAAUUCUUUUUAUUAAAAUUUUUUUAUAUUAUACUUUUGAAACUUUGGUAAAAUAAAUUUUCAGUCUUGAAAAUCAAAGAGCGAAAAAAAUGAAAAUUACAUUUAAAAAUAAAAAAAAAAAUUUUUAAUGAUAGGUAUUUUUUAUUAAAAAUGUAUUUAAAAUUUUUUGACUGACUGAGAUAAUUGAAUAUGUGAGAAAAAAAAUCUCUGCCUCUUUUAAAGGAAGUUAACCGAUUAUUUAGUUACUUCUGAUUCAUUGAAAAAUUGCCUAGUUAUUAAGAUUUGUAUAUAUUGUACUUAAAAUAAAUUUAAUCUUC